CGAAAGAAGAAGAAGAAAAAGAAGAAGAAGAAGAAGUGGACCGUCUCGUCAGCUAAUAGUGCCAAUAUGAAUUAGCGGUUCACUUAACUGCAGAAUUCGGUAAACUCCAGGUUGCUGUCCAUAGAGGACAAGUUGGCGGCUCUGCAGUCGAACAACUGUGCGGGAGAGACUAACUCCAAGAAGAGAAGACGGGUGCAGAAUCCCAAGCUUAGGAAGCAGUAUGCCGUCUUCACAACUCGGAGGCAAAUUGCAGGCGCUAUGAACCGGAGCGAGGCGGUGACCUCCUAUUUGCUCGGAGCAUUGUCUGCAAUUCCAGAUUGACACGAUGUUGAUAAAGACGACAUUGUCUCCUGGCGAAGAAGAUGGCGUUGUUGGCGUGGUCUCUGGAUGGAUUGGACGGCCGCCGCCAUUUCGUAGGCCGGUGUUGUGCGCGAUUCUGUUUCCCCCGUGUCGGGAGCGCAUUUUGCAGCCGUUUCCCCGGCGCUUCUAGUCGAUUUCUCGGUUUCCUGCCUGGAGAAAAGAUCGUGGCUUACAAAUAGAGGACAUUAGCCGGAGACGCAGGAUAGCCUGGGUUGCAGCUGUCCGACGGAAAGAUAUCACAUUCAAUCACAUAUCUCCGAAUAUGCGUGUUUGCUCUUUGCAUUUUCAUAAAAGUCAACCUGCUUAUGAGAUGAUGGAAACUGAUCCAGACUGGGCUCCAUCCCUACGUCUUGGUCAUACUGAUCUCCAACCAACUGACAGUGCGCGCUCUGCAAGACGAGGUAAACGCCAGCAGCUGAGGAACAGUAUGCUGCAGGAGGCAGAGAGAGUGGUCCAGCAGAAUGGAGAAGUCUGUGGUCAACACAUCCCGGUGGACACUGAGCUGUCUGCAGUUACUGUGCAGGAAGAUGCCAUUACAGACAAGACUGGUGAUACGCAACAGCAAGAUGAACAACUGAAUGGCAUCCCUGAAUGUGGCACAUGCAUCCUCAAAAGUGCAGAAAUAAAUCGACUUUUGGAAGAAAAUCGAAAUCUGAGGCACCAACUUGAGAGAGUUAAAUUCAGUGAUACUUUUUUUUCAGAUGAUGACAAUGAUAAAGUUAGGCACUAUACAGGACUGCCAAAUAAACAAACAUUCAUGGAAAUUGUGUCGAUUUUGGUGCCUGCCACUUCAGACAAUAAGAAACUACUCACACCAUUUCAAAUGCUUCUUCUAACAUGUAUGCGGCUUCGACUAGAUGUUUCUGUUUAUCUUCUUGCUAAUAUGUUUUUUGUGUCUCCUAGUACUGUGUACAGAGCUUUUAGCGACACUAUCUCACAAUUGUAUACAUUUCUAAAAAAUGCCAUUAUAUGGCCCGACAGAGACACUUUACGCAAAGUUAUGCCACAUCAAUUUGUGCAGUCGUUUGGCAAUCGAGUUGCUGUCAUUAUUGACUGCUUCGAAAUUUUCACAGAGAGACCUUCCAAUGUCAAAGCAUGUGCCCAAAUGUUUUCAAGUUACAAGCACAAUCACACCAUGAAGUACCUGAUAGGCAUUACACCCAAGGGAGCCAUCUGUUUUUUGUCAAAGGGAUGGGGGGGGCGUACAAGUGACAAACAUAUUACCCUGAAUAGUGGGUUUCUGGAUAAACUAUUGCCAGGGGACAUCGUUUUGGCUGACAGAGGUUUUGACAUUCAGGAAAAUGUUGGCUUGUUGUGUGCGGAGGUUAAACUCCCAGCUUUUACUAAAGGCAUGUGUCAGCUGGAUGCUAAAAAUGUGGAGGAAACAAGAAAAAUAGCACAUCUGAGAAUUCACGUUGAAAGGGUUAUUGGAAAUGUAAAUCAGAAAUAUAAGAUAUUGACAGGGACAAUGCCAAUCUCUCUUAUACUGCCAUGUGAAGGUGAGGAUGUCACCCUUUUAGAUAAAGUGGUUACAGUGUGUUGCGCAUUGACAAAUCUGUGCCCAUCUGUUUGUAAGUAGCUAAUGACAAUAAACACAAAUGGCUCAA